UGGCGAAAUACUUGCAAUAUUGUCUGCGCAUGCGCACAAUUAUAUAAUACACUACUAUAAUUAUAAUAAGUCCGACUGUCAUGGCUUCUAAAGAACUGAUCCUCGGCCUCAGAGAGUAUGAACUCAAAGACAUUGUGAGUAGUGGCAAAGUAUUGGGAAUUGGCACCUACUGCUGUGUUUCUGAGGUACUGCUAGGAGAGACUGUUUGUGUGGCUAAAACCAUGCACCCUGAGCUAGUGGACUUCAAUGUGGGAGUUGAUGCUUUCAUAGAAGAGUGCAGAAUCAUUAGUAAGCUUCAGCAUCCAAAUAUUGUUACGUUUAUUGGCUUGCAUUGGCCUGCUAAAACUGGUGACGAUGAUAAAGUGGAGACUCCAUGGAUAAUUUUGGAAUACCUGUCAACAGACUUGAGCCAUUUCUUAAACAGAGCUGUUAUCAAGCCUACUUCUGUGAAAGUCUCAAUUUUGCUAGAUGUAAGCAAAGGUCUGCUGUAUCUGCAUAACUAUCCUGGCCAUUUUUGUGAGUAUAUAGUUCACUGUGAUCUCUCCUCUUUCAAUGUAUUGCUAAACGAUUCUUUGACAGCAAAGAUUUGUGAUUUUGGUAAAUCGUUGGUGGUCACCUCAACUAAAACUGAACAGGUUGUAGAUUGUGGUGCUUAUUUUUUUAUGCCACCUGAAGCUAAUGUUUUUGGAAGCAGCGUGUUGUGUAGUCCAACGCUUGAUGUGUUUUCAUAUGGUGUGAUAAUACUUCACACCAUCACUGAGACGCUUCCAGGUAGUCUGGCAUUGCAUACAUUCCAAGACAGUAAUGGAAAGACUCAAACAAAUACGUCUAUCGAGCAGAGAGCAAAGUAUUAUGGAAUGGUUGAUCAAUCUUUGGAUCCUUCCAUUAGGUUAUUGAAUGACCUCUCCAAACAUUGCUUGAAUGAUGACCCUAAGCAACGACCUACUACAAAUGAGCUAGUUUGUGUGUUGGAAAAGCUAAAAGAUUCUUUGGAAAUGGACGAACUUAAUUGAUGACAGGUCCUUCUAUGUUAUAUCAUGCAUAUAAUUUGUGGCUAUAAAUGCAUAUUUGAGUCUCUAUCUGUUUUAGGUAAAGGUCCUUAACUCAACAAAACUUAAUAAUGCAAAUCGCUG